AACGCCUCUCUCUGAGCGGGACAGUGUGAUCGUGUCCGGGCGGAGGAGGACAGUGUGAGCGGACGGAGGAGGAGGAGGACGCAGCAGUCAGACCGGAGACACAGCGUUCAUCUGUUAAUCUAGUGGAGUCAGGAUGGAGUCUCACAGACUGAACGGCUCUCCAGACAUCAGGAUACAGAGGAGCUACAUGCAGCAACACAGUCAAGGAGGCAGCCAGGACAACUUGUUUGGAGUGAAGGUGCAGGUUCAGGGGUUUAAAGGUCAACCUUACGUGGUUCUGAACAGUUCUGGUCAGGAGAGUCACAGGGACAUCUCUGUCAUCACUCAUCAGGCGGGGUACAACCCGGGUAUGGUGAGGUCUGUGGAUGAAAGACACUCUCCAGCUGAGACACAGAGGAGUGCAGCCUCCUCUGUGUUUCAUUAUCAGAAACACCCAGAGAUUAUGAGACCUUAUGACCCUGAGAGUAAUAACCUGAACCUAGUCAUUCCUUCAGUCGCCCAACCUGGACGUCUUCCAGAGACAACGCAGACUGCUAACAUGACCAAACCCAGGAUCCCUCUGCCAGCCGAGGGCCCAGAGGGAGACCAGGUUGAGGUGGUCCAGAACAAGGCACCUCCCUCAGGUGGACACAUCCCUGCAAGGUUCCCAAACUUAGUGGACACAGACUCCAUCUUAUCUGUGGGGAAGCUGAUAAGCCAGUUCAACAGCAGCCAGCGAAGGGGAAGGUGUGGCCCAAGAAACAGGCUGGACCCGGAGCAGUGUCGGAGGUCGCGCAGUGUGGACAGCGGUCGAACCUCAGACUCCUCCUUGUCCUCCCCUUCCUCCAGCAGACCCUCGUCUCUGAAGGGCACCAGGGGGGAGACCCCAGGUGGGAUAUAUCCUCCCGGGUCAGCUAGGGCUCGACUCCUUGGCGGAGAGCCCUCUUUGACAAACAAAAGGGAGGAGAGCAAGCCGAGCACACUGCUCAAAGGACUUCAUCCUCAUGCUGCGAAUCUGCUUCACAGGACAGAGAAACCCUCUGUCUCCAGAUCAUGUAGCGACCAGACUGAUGAGUCUGAUGAAAGAGACACACAGGUCACUCCUGAUCUUCUGAAAGGACAGCAAGAGCUCUCAGCAGACCCGACUGCAGAUACAGCAAAACAAAUACUGUUCACGUACCUCAAGGAUGGGACGACUGAUGAUGACUCCACCACUCAGAGGAAAGUCAACCUGCUGCUUGAAAGGAUCAACAAGCUCAAAUGGAGGACUGCAGAGAAUGUGGAGGAGGAGGACAAAGAUAAUGCAUCGGAGGUGAAGCAGUUGCAGGACAAACAGGCAGUGCUGGAGAGAGACGUGUCUGAGUUAAAGCAAAGACUGGAAACUGAGAUGAAGAAUGAAAAGACUCUUGCCAAGGCCUGUGAGAAAGCCAGGACGGAGAAAAAGAAACUUCAGGAAGAGUUUACCAAAAGUCAGACAGAGCUCUGCAAACUCAGGGAGAGACUGGCUGAACUCGAGGCAGAGCUUCGGUCUACCAAACAGGAAUUGAGUAAGAUGAAGGCAGAGAGAGAAAGAUCCAGGACGGAGAUGAAAGACCUUCAGCAGCAGCUCUCUGAGAUGCACGAUGAGCUGGACCAAGCCAAGAAGGCAGAGGUGAUAAACACAGAGAAAGAAAUCCUUCUGAAGGAUAUGGCGCAGCUGAGUUUGGACUUUCAGGAGAUGCUUCAGAUGAAGGAGGAGCAGGAGGAGGUGCUGCACCGCCGGGAGAGGGAGCUCAGCGCCCUGAAGGGGGCGCUCAAAGAGGAGGUGGAGACGCACGACAAUUACACGGCCGCUCUGAAGGAGGAAUAUGAACAGGAGCUUGAGAAGCUGCUCAGGGAUUUAGAGCUGGCUAAAGAGAGCAAUACUCUGCUGUGUCAAGAGAAGGUGGAGGCAGAGGGGGUGAAAGGUGUAGCUAAGGUGCAGCUGAAGGAUCUGAGCCAGGAGAGAGAUCAGCUGAGAGGAAAGGUGCAGGAGCUCAACAAGAAAGUGGAUCAGCUGAACCAGGCAAUCCAGGAGGCUAAAACCACAGAGAGACUGCUGGAGCAGAGAGCGAAGCAGCUGGAGAGGGAAAAGCAGCAGGUUGAGGAAAUGCUAAAGGAUGUGAGGAGGAAUGAGGAGGAGAUGUGUCAGUCUAACCAACUGCUGCUCACUCGGUUGGAGGACGUGCAGAGUAAGUUGACCAAACUCAACCAUGAGCACAGGGACUUGAAGGAGAAGCUGAAGGAGGAGAGGAAACAAAGAGAGGAGCUGUGGAAGGCAAAAACUGAACUGGAAGACGAGAGGAGGCUGCAGGACCGGGCUGUUGAGCAACUGCAGAGGAAGAUGAACAGCAUCAUGGAGGAGUGCGAGGCGUCUACAGACGUACUUCAGAGCCAGGUCGACGAGGCCAGAGAAAAGAGUCAGAGGGAGUUGGCUGAGCUGCGUCGACAGCUGCAGGAAAAGGGAGCAGAGCUGGAGAAAUCCCGACAGGCAGCCAAAAGACUGCAGGAAGAGCUCCUUCCUCUGGAGGGGGAUCUGCAGCGGUGUCGCAGGGAGCAGCAGGAGGCCCAGCUGAGGGGCCAGCAGCUGGAGCAGAGGGUGGAGGAGCUGGAGGAAAGGAACGCAGCCACGGUGGAGGAGAGAGAGCGGCAGGUCAAACUCAUGGAGGGACGUAUCAGUCACCUAGAAGAAGAUCUUCACGAUGAGCGCAGCAGUGCUGACCGCCUGAUGGAACGACUAGACAAAACCAAAGAGCAGAUGGAUCAGAUUAGGAACGAGCUGAUGCAGGAGAGAGCAGUCAGACAAGACCUGGAGUGUGACAAGACGAGCCUGGAGAGACAGAACAAGGACCUGAAGAGCAGAGUGACUCACCUGGAGGGAUCACAGAGGACCAACCAGGACUCACUGCUCUCCAAACUUAACAGCCGCAUCCAGGAACUGGAGGAGAGGUUACAGGGAGAAGAACGGGACAACAACAGCCUGCAACAAGCAAACCGCAAGCUGGAGCGCAAAGUCAAGGAGAUGAAGAUGCAGGCGGAUGAGGAGCACAUCAGCCUGCAGAACGAGAGAGACCAGCUGACUCAGAGGCUGAAGACGGCAAAGAGGCAGAUGGAUGAGGCGGAGGAGGAGAUCGAGCGUCUGGAACACACUAAAAAGAGGCUGCAGAGGGAACUGGAUGAGCAGAUCGAGGCCAACGAGCAGCUUCACGGCCAACUGAGCACACUGCGGAAUGAGAUGAGGCGUAAGAAGAAAUCACCUCCUCUCAUCAAGGUUGUGGAGGAUGAUGUGAACGACGUGGACGACUUUGGCUCCGACUGACUGACUGAGGAAUCAUUGAUUUAUUAAUUUUGCAUAUUAACAACUCAGGUGUGAUUUUAUAACGUUUCCAGUUGUGAGCAGCGUGGCACCUUGCCAAGGCUGACCUCUAGUGGCAAUAUGUGUAACUACAAUAUAAGACAAACUGAUGUUUUACAAUAUGACAAACUCUGACUUAUUAAUUCAAAAUUUUUUUGUUGUCUAAGUUAUUCCAUUGCUGUGUGAGCUAAUAUGGUGCAAACUGCAAAUCUUAAACUGAUGAAUAAAUGUAUUAAAUUUAUACACCUCUGAAAUAAAUCCAGCUCUAUGAUGUUUCUGUAAA